AUGCCCAACCACGUAUCAUCCGACUCAGAUUCUCAAACAACUACAACUUUCUCCAACGAAUCAACCGACGAAGAACUCUAUUGCGAAUGCUCAAGUACACGUAAACAUGGUCACACUUGUAAUCCAUGUCUUCGAUAUCGCGAGAAAAAGCGUGCUUCGAUUAUUAAACACUUUGAGACUUGGUCAUGUGGUAAUAAACUUUUUGACGAUUAUCUAAAAUCUCACCAAUUAAGUGCUGUGGAUAAUCCGCGUACGGAUCUUAUGAUUAGAUGGGUGGAUUUUAGUGAAUUUGAAAAUGUAGAAAUUCUGGAUAAAGGCGGCGAAGGUACAAUUUAUAAGACAGUUUGGAAAAAUGGUCCAACAGGAAUGGAGGAUAAAAUUAUGGCAUUAAAAGCUCUUAAUACAACUAAAGAUUUUGACAGGAAAUUUAUCAACGAGGCAAUUAAAUCUCCAUGUUUCUUUUUACUACACCGAUAUACCAACAUGCUGGGGUAUUACGAAGGAUCCAGAUACCUCAAGGAAAAUCAUCCACUAAGUUGGGAGCAAAAAAUUAAAAUUAUCUAUGACAUUGCAAAGACGCUUCAAUUUUUUCAUAAAGCUGGUUACGCACACAGGGAUUUACACAUUAGAAAUAUCUUGCAUACCGAGACUGGAAAUUUCUAUGUAAGUGAUCUUGGUCUAGGGAGUGAAAUUUUAAAGAAUCCAGCCAUUCUUGAAGUCAGCGGAGUAUUACCAUAUAUAGCCCCAGAAGUAUUAGACGAAAAAUCGUACACAACUAAAUCAGACAUUUACAGUGUGGGAAUGUUGAUGUGGGCAGUUACCGCGGGGAGAUCUCCAUACGAAGAUAUUAAUCACGAUAUAAAUUUACUCUUGGCUAUAUUCGAAGGUAAAAGACCAAAAAGUAUUCCUGGAACACCAGAACCAUAUCGAGCACUAAUGCAACAAUGCUGGGAUAAAGAUCCGAAAAAACGACCAACUGCAGCUAAAAUAUUCAGAACUUUUUUCGAGUGGAAAACAAAAAAAAUUAGUCAUGCUUGGGACCAAAUUUCAAUUAAUGCUGAUGAAUCGCACGAAAAAACGACUUGUGAAUUCGAAUUGUCUUUAUCAAUUGAAAGAGUAGAUCAAGUCACGUCGCAAUUGUUUUUCACGAAACAACAACAUACGCUUGAAAUUCCGGGUGAAAUUCCAGAUGAAAUUCCGGAUGAAAUUCCGGAGCAAGAAAUACUAAAAGAAACGAAAAAAUGA